AUGAGACCUAUGCGUCAUCAUCUAUUUACAGGUGACGACAAAAAUGCUCGGUGCCGAGGUCCUGGGAGUUCUCGGUCAUUUAAAAAACCAGUCCACAACAAACUGGAAAUUCUUUCAAUGUCACAAAUUCCACCAGAAUUUCAUGAAGUUGGAAUUUUAUCAGGUUAUCGCAAGCCGUCCGCGUCACUUUCAUCAGGUGUCUGGUCUGUUUUCCAAAUGCACAACGAAACCUUGAAUAUAUGGACGCAAAUCAUACCAACCAUUUAUUUUGUUGUUGAACUAGUUCUGAAUUUUUUCCACGUUGGCGAGCGUUUUCUUCUUAUAUAUCUAAUUACCGCCGUUACGUUCCUGUUCACAAGUUCUUGCGCUCACACAUUUAGUUGUUUGUCACCUAGAGCUCGACACAUAUGUUUCUUUCUUGACUAUAUUGGGAUAUCACUGUAUUCUUUUGGCUCCACUGUUUGCUACUAUGCGUUUGCCCUGCCAGUCGAGUUUCUGCGUCCUUCACCUUUCUUUAUUCUCAAUCUUAGUGAUAUAUUCUUGUUUAUCUCAGCAUUGUUUUGUAUCUGUGGUACAUACUUAUCAUGUCGGACCAGAUUUUGGAAACCUUCAAUUUACCGUAACAUCAUUAGAAUGGGAGCAUUUGGGAUUAUUUUGUUUUACGUCGGAACUCCGAUUCUGUGGCGUUCAUAUACCUGUAAGUACAUGGCAAGUGAAUAUGAGUCUUCUGAAUGCAGUUCACUUUAUUAUUGGAAUUUGCAUUUCAUGUCAAUGUUUUCUGCAGGAUUUUUGUUUGUGUCACACUUUCCUGAAAGGCUUUUUCCAGGAAGGUUCGAUGUUUUUGGUCAUAGCCAUCAAAUAUUUCACAUAUUAAGUGCCUUCGGUUCUAUUACACAAUAUUAUGCACUUAGGAUUGAUCUCCAGGAGCGUAACGCCAAAUUAAGACAAAUGUCGCAUGCACCUUCAAUUCCCUUGUCUCUGUUUUGCCUCGGUCUGGUCGCAUUUUGUAACUUCAUUAUUUUCCUAAAAUUUUACAAACGUCUUGGUAUCGUCAUAGGAUGUAAAAAGUUGUAA